AUGUGCGGCAUCUUCGGGUACUAUUUCAUCUCGUGCAAGCGCUCGCGGCGCACGCUGCUGGACGCCUUGCUCAACGGUCUCCGGCGCCUCGAGUACCGCGGCUACGACUCCGCGGGGCUGUCCUUCGACGUCGACGGUGCGAUCCAAAUCGUCAAGUCCGUCGGGAAGGUCGAUGAGCUCGCCACCUGCGUCAAGAAGCACCUCGGGGACGACCCCGCCGUGUGGGACGCGAUGCUGGAGGGCGAGAGCGGCAUCGCGCACACGCGCUGGGCCACGCACGGGCCCCCCGCGACGGUGAACUCGCACCCGCACACGUCGGGCGACAACAACGACUUCGUGGUCGUGCACAACGGCAUCAUCACGAACUACGCCACGCUGAAAAAGUACCUCAUCUCCAAGGGCGCCACCUUCGUCUCCGAAACCGACACGGAGGUCAUCCCCAAACUGCUGCACUACCUCUACGAGCGCCACGAGGGCAAGAUCAGCCUGCGCGACCUCGUCCUGGACGUCAUGGCGCGCCUCGACGGCGCAUUCGCGCUGCUGAUCAAGUCGAAGCGCUACCCCGGGGAGAUCGUGGCGUGCAAGCGCGGGUCGCCGCUUCUGGUUGGUAUCAAGACGGCGUCGCACAUGACGCCCGGGGGCUCCGCGCCGCGGUUCGACCUGAUGAGCUACACGUCGGACGGCCCCCUGGAGGUGUUCUUGGCGUCCGACGCGUCGGCGAUUGUGGAGCACACGAAGCAGGUGGCAGUGCUGGAAGACAACGACUUGGUGCACGUGGCCGGCAACACCAUCACGAUGUUCUCCGCGGAGGCCGCGCGGCGGUCCUCGCGGGCCGAGGGCGCGUCCGGGACGCCGGCGACGGAGGUGCGCGGCGCGCCGGCGUCGCGCGUGACGGAGACGCUCAACAUGGAGGUGGCGGAGAUCAUGAAGGGCGGGUACGACCACUUCAUGAUGAAGGAAAUCAUGGAGCAGCCCGAGGCCAUCGGUCAGGGCAUGCGGGGGCGUCUGCGCGCCGACCUCAAGUCCCUAGAGGGCCUGGACCCGCGGGAGCUGGCCGGGCGGUCCCUCGUGCACCUCGGGGGCCUCGUGGACAACAUCCACAACGUCCUGCGGUCCCGGCGCAUUAUGUUUGUCGCAUGCGGCACCUCGUUCCACGCGGCGCUGUGCGCACGCGAGCUCGUCGAGGAGCUCACGCAGCUGCCCGUGUCGCUGGAGCUGGCCUCGGACCUCAUGGACCGGCGCUGCCCGAUGUUCCGCGACGACACCGUCGUUUUCGUGUCGCAGUCGGGGGAGACCGCAGACACCCUCCAGGCCCUCCACUACGCGAAGAGCAAGGGCGCGCUGUGCUUCGGCAUCACGAACACGGUCGGGUCGGCGAUCGCCCGCGCGACGCACUGCGGCAUCUUCGUCAACGCGGGGGCCGAGAUCGGCGUCGCCAGCACCAAAGCCUACACGUGCCAGGUCGUGGCCAUCACGAUGAUGGCGCUCAUGCUCAGCCAGGACUCCCUGCACAUGCUGCGCCGGCGCGAGGAAAUCGCACAGGGCCUGCGGGACCUGCCGGACCAGGUGGCAAAAGCCCUCCUCCUGAACGAACAGAUCGCGGUCCUCGCCGAGGAGCUGAAGAGCGAGGUGUCGAUCCUGCUGUUCGGGCGCGGGUACAACUACGCGACGGCGCUGGAGGGCGCUUUGAAGAUCAAGGAGGUGUCGUACAUCCACUCCGAGGGCCUGCUGUCGGGCGAGAUGAAGCACGGGCCGCUGGCGCUCGUGGACCCGAACCUGCCGCUGAUCGUGAUCGCGACGCGCGACGCGUGCUACGCGAAGAACCAGUCCGUUCUGCAGCAGCUCAAGGCGCGCGGCGGGCGCCUCAUCGUCAUUUGCAACGAGGGCGACGACGAGGUCGCGACGUACGCGGGCGACAAGGCGCGGUACAUCCGCGUGCCGCAGACCGUCGACUGCCUGCAGGGCGUCAUCAACGUCAUCCCGCUGCAGCUGCUCUCGUACCACCUCGCCGUCAAACGCGGAUUCAACGUCGACCAGCCGCGCAACCUGGCCAAGUCCGUGACCGUGACGGAGGAGUGA